AUGGCCUUCAACGCCAUCACACCGAGCGUCACCACAAUGCCAACAACCCCCCAAAUGUCCUGCCCCCUCGGCGGCACCUUUUACGCCUGCGGCACCGCCAGCCGCUUCAUCGGCUGCUGCACCAUCAACCCCUGCACCUCCAACGGCUGUCCAGCCGGCAACCUCCAACCGGCCUCCUUCCUCGCCUCCCAACAUGGCCAAAUCCCCGACGAAGACUGCGACAGCAGCGAUGCGCAGUUCUACAGCUGCAACUCGACGACUCCGACAUUUUGGGGUUGUUGUAAGGGGAAUCCGUGUGGGAUGGGAUCGUGUGAGGGGGGCAUUUUGGGUGGGGCCAAGUUGUUUGAGGGGGAGAAGGCGGGGGUUUAUUUGAGUUUUUAUAAUGGGAGUUGGGUUGGCGGAGGGGAGGGGGGUGAUGGCGGAAGUGGAGAGGUGGUUGAGGGGGCUGCGGUGGGGAGUGCUACGACGCAGAGUGCGACGCAGAGUGCGACUUUGCCGGAGAGCACGCCUGCUACUGGAAGCAGCACUUCGACCGCCACAUCUCAGUCGAGCUCAUCAUCCAACAUCGGCGCCAUAGCGGGCGGUGCAGUAGGUGGCUUCGCAGUGUUCGCAGCAUUGAUUUUCGGCAUCAUCUUCCUCUUCCGUCGCCGCAAGCAAUCCCCCAACCACGCCUCCUCCCCUCCCUACCCCAACAUCGAGGACCAACAGCCCCACUCCCACCCUAGCGCCACAGCUCCAUACCAACCUCAAGUCGUCGAAGAGAUAAAGCAGCAACCCCAAGGUAAAGUCACCCGAACUCAGUCCGAUCCUCACAAUCAUCUACUGACCAAGACCACUGGCGCUUCACCAUACCCGAACUCGCCACAACUGGGAAUAUCUCAUCCCAACUCACCUCAAGCACCAUACUCCCCAGCGCCUCCGCCGAGUUAUUGGGACGAGCAGAGGUCGAGGCAUAUGUCGUAUGAAUUGGCGGGGUCGCCUGGUGGACAGGAGUUGGAGAGCGGGCAGAUGUAUCAUCCUUAUCGACAGAGUGGGUUGGGCUCGUCUCGGUCUUGA